AUGGAGAAGCAAGGCGUGAAAAUAAGAGAAAGCUUGAUACCCAAUAUCAACGAAAAAUGUAAGACUGCAAUUCCUUUGUUAAUAAUGUUUGCCGAAGCACUUGAUAAUCACUUGACUGCUAUCCAAAGGGACCAUGAACUCAAGUCCCAGAUAGAAGAAAGGAAAAUAAGAAGUGAUGCGGCUUAUGAAGGGGCCAAAAGAAAAGAGAAAGCUCUCCUGGAAGAAAAACUCUGCCAAGAAAAAGCCAAAGCAGAAGCUGAGGCAAAACUCAGAGCUGAAGAAGCAAAUAGGGCUGCAAUGGAAGCUCAGAGAAGAGAAGCAAAAGAGGCUGCUGAAAGGGAGGCCAAUGAAGCGUCAAGCCAGGUUGCUGUUUAG